AUGGAUAUCGUAACAGUGUUCGUUUGGUUACUCACGUGCAUCGGCAUCGCUCCUCUUGAUCCUUCGACUUCAGACGGACUCGUCGAUCACCGUAGUGUUGACGACCUCGUCAAUUACCGUAGUGUUGACGAACUCGUCGAUUACCGUAUUGUUGACGACCUCGUCGAUGGGAAUAUUCUGGACGUGCUACGUCAAGCGGGAGCGACCACAUUUCUUUCUUACGCUGAACGAUGUCCGUGGGUCCUCCACGAACUUGGAAGUCGACCAGGAUACACGGUGCUCGCGCCGACGAAUAAUGCAUUCGAGAAGAUACCAAAGGUCAUUCACGAUGCUAUGAAUUCAAGUGCUCAGGUGACGGAAUGGUACCUCCGUUAUCACAUAGUACUUGGUGUAAUACCACGCUCUGGAAUGAGGAAUAACCGUCUGGUCCCCACUGCCUUCAAACCUCCACAGUCAAUGAAUGAACCCGUCCAGAUGAUGAGGUUUAAUAUGUACACGGUUUGGAACAGUAUGUUAUCAGACCCCGAAAAGCUAUUAUUACCAGAGGACAUGCCAUUCGACAUGAAGUACAUUAAUACUUGUGUUAUCUUGUGCAUUUUAAUGGGAGGAAGUGUCAUCCAUGCUGAGCUUCGGGAAAAUGUCCGGGGUGAAAAUCCAUCUUUUAAUCCUUCACUUCCGCGUGUGAUGAAUGCAUUUCUCAUCCAGCCAGCAAAAUCUCUUGAGAAGCAAGUCCAUCCCAAACCUAAAUUUGAUACUGCUACUAACGUCCUGGACGUGGCUAGGCAAAAUUCUGCAACGAAAUUUGCAGAUUUCGCCACAAACACCUCUUGGUUAAACGCGACGCUGCAGUCCGGUCCCGGGAAAGUGACUGUCUUCGCGUUCUCCGACGAGGCGUACAGUCGCAGCUCCCCGGCGGUGAAGGCAGCGUUGGCAGACGUCUCUGGCAGGAAUCAGAUUCUGCAGUAUCACGUUGCAUUGGGGGCACAUUUGAGCCAUGACAUAGCUAUCCGUGGUGUGGAUAGUGUUGUUUAUUCUUUGUAUCCAUCUCCACCUUUCAAGCCCACCUCCCAGUACCAGCCCAUCCAUGUUGAUUCAUAUGUGGUGUACUCGAACGGAGAGCGUAUCUCGGUUGUGACAGCUAGUGGUUCUCGUGUUGUGAAGGUUGACCUAGUGGCUAGUAAUGGGGUCGUCCACAUCAUCGACAGGGUCAUCUACCCAAUACCUACAGGAUCAGACAUGGCCAAGUACCUUGAAAGAGAGCCGAACUACAGCUCACUUUAUGCUGCUCUUGAGGCCGCCAACCUCACACUGGCCUUGUCUACCCCAGCCUUCAAGCCUUUCACCCUCCUGGCCCCCAGCAAUGCUGCCUUUGGAAAGCUCAGCAAGGCUCAGCAGGACCUCUUGAAGAACACCACCAUCCUCCAACAAGUGCUUACCUUUCAUGUAGUGGUAGGGUCCUACUACAGUGCAGCCAUCUAUGAGGAUUUCCAACUCCAUUCCUUGGAAGGAUCCACUAUCUACUUCCAACAAGGGGCGGGUGGCACCUCUGCUGGAGGGAGGAUGGUAGUGAAAGUCGACACGACUGUCACCAAUGGGGUUGUUCAUGAAUUGGAUGGUGUGAUGUUCCCUCCAUCCCUUAAUCAUCUCCUGUUAAAUGAUGUGUAAGCUUCUCUCAUGAGAUUUGUUUUGAUUCUUUAAAAGAUAAAUUUGAGUUCUGGUCAUGCGAUUUUUGUAUGAUCAAAAUCAGCCUUGCUGAAAGUUAAAUGCAUUGCACACAAAAUAAUGUAUGUAUAAAAAAAAUUGCACACAAAGUCUGCUGUGGCGUUAUUAUUAUUUUUCUUCUAUUGUAUUGCCUUUGUUAACUUUAUAAAAUACAUAUAAAUAGACAAGGAAAAGUUGUAUUUUAAAUCGCAUACCGGUAGUAGAAAUUAUUCUGCUUUUUUAACUCGACAGAAUACUCUUGAAGAGUUUUAAGAUAUAUAUAUGUCAUUUUUAUUUCAUAUAAUGUGUACCCAUAUACACUUCCUACAAUGUUUGCGCCUCUUUCUUUACAUAUUUUUAAAUGCUGCACGCUAAGUAGGAAAUGUAGCCUAAUCGCAACUCUGCAUCAUUCUUGCCUAGCACAUGUAUUUCUUCUCUUUCAAGCUUGCAUUUUUUUUGCUUUAUCAUGUUUUUUAUUGUUUGUUACACAGUUAAACAAUCAAAAUUGCAAUUUGCAAAUAGAUAUAUGCCAUCUAUUUAUAAGUAACAAAACAUAGAGGCACACAUAUCAGUCCAUCAAUCAAUGUACCGGUACAUGAAUAAUACAUGUGAGCCUGAUACAGAGAAAUAAUUGUGAACUGUACUUUUUUUUUAAAGUGAUGUAGCUUUGUUUUUUUUUUUUCUAAAAGAUAUAUGUGUAUUUGACGUUACUUCCAUAAAUUUUAUAUUAUACAUGUGCAUGUAUAUGCAAUAUUAUUUUAUCGAUCAGAGGGCUAAAAAAGUAUGAUACUUGUUGAUGACUACAAUAUGAUGAGCUUCAAAGAGGCUGCUUUUCACUUUUAUGUGGAUUGAUUUUAAAUGGCCAUAUAAUUUAGAGCUUUAUAAAUGAUUGUUUUCCUAAGAUGAUACGAGUAGGAAUAUGGGGAUUUGUCAAAGUGUCAUCAAAUCCUAGACACUGCUUAGCAUUGUGUUAGAUAUUUGUCAUUCAUUCCAUUGAGAUCGUUCACAGGCCAAUUUUCAGAGAAUUGAAAA